GGAACGAAGCCUCCCCACGUGUCUGCCGGAGUUACAGCAGCAACAUGGCUGCUGGCUGAGAAGGACCCCCCCCCCCCGCUGCCCCGGACCUGCAGGCACGCUGCUCGGAGGAGCCCAGGUCGGGGACGGCGAGCUCCCCCCUCCCGGAGCAGCAGCAGUUUGUUCCCGGCAACCCCUCAAGACCAUAUUUUUUCCCAUGCUACUAUGGCCAAUGAAGAAGAUGACCCAAUUAUACAGGAGAUUGAUGUGUACCUGGCCAAAAGUUUGUCGGAAAAGCUGUAUCUCUUCCAGUAUCCCAUUCGCCCAGCUUCGAUGACAUACGAUGACGUGACCCAUCUCUCUGCAAGAAUAAAACCAAAGCAGCAAAAGGUUGAACUAGAAAUGGCCAUCGAUACGCUGAAUCCCAAUUACUGUCGCAGCAGAGGGGAGCAGAUUGCACUCAACGUCGACGGCACGUCUGCAGAUGAAACGAACACGUACUCCUUGAAGAUGAUGGACAAGCAGACGUUCUGCUCCUCGCAGACCACAAGUGAAGUUUCCCGGUAUGCUGCUGCUGUCUACAGAAAAGGUGAGAUGCACCUGACUCCACUUCAUGGGAUCUUGCAGCUGAGGCCAAGUUUCUCAUAUUUGGACAAAGCUGAUGCUAAACACAGGGAGAGAGAAGCUGCUAACGAAGCCGGCGACUCUUCCCAGGAUGAAGCAGAAGAAGAUAUCAAACAAAUCACUGUGAGGUUCUCCCGCCCAGAAUCGGAACAAGCCCGUCAACGUCGGGUUCAGUCUUACGAGUUCUUGCAGAAGAGACAAGCUGAGGAGCCCUGGGUCCACCUGCAUUACUACGGUUUAAGGGACAGCCGUUCUGAACACGAGCGCCAGUAUCUCUUUAGUCAAGGCCACGGCAUGGCUGGGAAUACCGAACUGAUUAAAUCUCCGAGUGAAUACUUGAUGAUGCUCAUUCCUCCAAGUGUAGAAGAAGAAAAGGACAAGCCUGUGGCUCCCAGCAACGUGCUCUCCAUGGCUCAGCUGAGGAUGCUGCCUCUCAAUGACCAGAUCAAGAUCUUGAUGAAGAACGUGAAGGUCAUUGCUUUUGCAAACCUGAUGAGCCUGUUGGCUUCCGGAACAGAUCCGACUGCCGUCUUGCGGUGUAUACAGCAGGUGGCACUGUUGGUGCAGGGAAACUGGGUUGUGAAGAGUGACAUCCUCUACCCAAAGGAUACCUCCAGCCCACACAGCGGAGUCCCAGCAGAAGUGCUAUGCCGGGGAAGAGAUUUUGUCAUGUGGAAGUUCACACUGGACCGUUGGGUGGUGAGGAAAGAAGUAGCAACGGUUACCAAACUUGGCCCAGAAGAUGUGAAGGACUUCUUGGAGCACAUGGCUUUCCUGAGGAUCAACAGAGGCUGGGAAUUCAAGCUCUGCUAUGAUGAGGAUUUUGUCAGGAAGCAUCCGGACGUGGUCCAGAGGCAGCAGAUGCUCUGGAAGGGCAUCCAGGCCAAGUUAGAGAAAGUGUUCAGCCUGGCAAGAGAGCACUUGGUACCAAAGAAACAAGCUGUGCCAACAGCUGUCCCACUGCUGGUGUCCGGGGAACAAAGGGUCAGUCUGGCCAGGGCGAAAGUGAAGCAGAGCCACGAGCAGCUAGAGCAGGACUUCCAGAAGCGGAGAGCCGGGAGCAAAGCCAGCGAGGCCGCCUGCCCGAUGGACGUCCUCGGCAUCCGGAUCAAGGAGGAGCCGGUCAGCGACGACGAGCCGAUGGACACCUCGGCCUGCGAGGGCCUCAACAACGGACUGGCCAACGGCAUCCACUCCGAAGAGAGCUCAGUGGACUCCUUCAACGGCCACUUGCCAGGCCAAGAGAGAGUCGUGCAGGAACUGAGGGCCUUUGUGGGGGCGACCCUUAAGAAACAGCACGUCCUCACCCUGAGCGAGCUGAAACGGUUGUUCAACCUCCACGUGGCUGGCCUGCCUCCCGGGAACCUCUUGUUUAGUGGCAUUUCGGACAAAAUGUUGCAGGACAUGGUGCUGGACAUGGGGUGCAAGCAAAUCAUGGUGCCUUUUCCCCCACAGACUCCUGCAUUACCGGAUGAACAAAAGGUCUUUGCACUUUGGGAAGCUGGCGAUGCGUAUGAUCAGCACCGGCAAAUUCUGCUUGAAAUCUUCUCUAAAAACUACAGAGUGCGUAGAAACGUCAUCCAGAAUCGCCUGGCUCAGGAAUACGGGGAAGAGCUGGAGAAGCAGGAAGUAGAUAAAGUGUUGAAGGACUGUUGUGUAAGUCAGGGUGGCAUGUGGUACCUUAAAGGGACAGUGCAACAGCAGACGUCUUGACAAAAGGAGUUUGCUUAAUUACAACAGGAUAACUCCAGGACUGAAGAACAACAAACAUAAUGGGCAGAAAACCAACACACAGCCCUGCCUUUCUAGAAGGUGAGCCAUGCCCCCGAGAUACCUGUAGCCCUGUGGAUGCUAGAGGAAACCAUGAACACUACAUCAAUUUGUGUUUGCAUAGCAUCCAAAAUGCCAACAGUGAUUGAGGGGUGGGGAGAAAUUGGAUCGUUUUGAGCUGCUUUAAGUUGGGAUUCCUAGUGUAUUUUGCUUCUUGUUUGAUAAAACUUAAAAGUAUACUGACCCAGAGAUGACAGAAAAUCAUGAUCUAAUGUUUUAUUUUGUAACUAAUGCCAAUAAAUUGCAAGUUUACAUUUA